UGACUUCAUCCGGGCACGCAGCCAUGUUGGAUGGGUUCAUUCUACUGAUGUGUCGUUCACUAUAUCGCUUUUGCAAAUAUAUACAUAUAGUUCCACAAAUGUCCGUACAACUGUUAAAAGUGAUACAUGAUGGCUAAAAAGACUUUGGAAAGUUAUCGGGGCUUAUUAAAUGUUUCAAGAAACCUUUACGACAAGAAGUGCGCUUUGAUCCACAAUAUCAACCCAUAUGCCUUGGAGAAACACAAAUGGAGCAUGAAUUUCGAACUGUGGGCGUUGGUAACCUAUCCAGACAUUGUCAACUAUCUUCUCUUCUCGAUAAGCGCUUAUACCAUGGACCAAAUAAAGAAUUACAAAGGUCUGGAGGAUCUACAACCAAUACAUCAAUAGCUGGAUUUGUGUUGCGGCGGUAUCCAUUGUAAGCAACCUGUGUCUCCACACUGCUCAGAUGACGGGCUUGGACGUUGAAAAUGACAAGAUAAUUGAAAUGGCAUGCAUAAUUACAGACUCUGACUUGAACAUUUUGGCAGAGGGACCCAACUUGAUCAUAAACCAGUCCGAUGAACUCCUGGAAUCCAUGUCGGAGUGGUGUAAAGAGCAUCAUGGCAAGUCAGGACUCACCCAGGCAGUACGGCAGAGUAAAACCACUCUGGAACAAGCAGAGAAUGAAUUUACAUCCUUUGUUCGACGACAUACACCACCUGGACAAUGUCCCCUAGCUGGAAAUUCUGUGCAUGUAGACAAACAGUUCCUGGACAAAUAUAUGCCAGAGUUCGUGAAGCAUCUCCACUACAGAAUAAUUGAUGUCAGUACCAUUAAGGAGCUUUGCAGACGGUGGUUUCCAGUGGAGUAUGAAAUGGUGCCACAAAAGAAAGCAACCCACAGAGCGUUCGAUGACAUCAGCGAGAGCAUAAAAGAGCUGCAGUACUACCGAGCAAACAUCUUCAAAGCUUCUUUUGAGUAAAAAACACCAGAUUGUUCAAAAUAGCAACUUUAACAAUAGCAUGUAAACUUGAAAGAUCAGAGAGCAUUUUGUUAAGCCAAAUCUAUAGUGUAUCAGUCUUAGUCAUUAUCAUAAGGCUUUGAGCAUUGAAGUUCCUUUGUGUCUUUAUCCUUCAGAAUGUUAGCGGUUACGAAGAGGGAGGUCACCUUUUAGUUAGAAAUUAUUCUGACAUAAUGUAUGGAAUGUAAGUUAAAGGGAAAUGAUAAAUAUUCAUCUUCAACCUCA